CAGAAAGCUCCUUUCCUUAUCACCAGAUGAAGACCCCCUCUUCCCCACCCCACCCCCCUCCGUCUCUCUGCCCCACCACUCCUCUUAUGGCUCCGCUGCCUCCUCCUCCCCUCCGCCCCUCCGCGCCUCUCCUCCCUUUCCUUCUCCCCCAUCACACUCCCCCUUGCCCUCACCAUCUCCCUUGCCAUCAGCAGCAGCACCACCAGCAGCAGCAGCAGCACCAGCAGCAGCAGCUAGUGCAGCAGAGGAGGGGAGGGGAGGCCCAGGCAGGGGAGCAGGGGGGGCAGGGAGAGCACAUGGGGAGGUGGACGGGGGAGAGCAAGAAUGGGUGGGUGGGGAUGCUAGGGCGCGGAGGGGAGGGGGGUUGGCAGCAGAGGCGGAUCAAUGGGUGGGUGAUGCGGCGGCACUUGGAUACACGACAGCAGAGGAGGUAGGGAGGGGUGAGGCUGCGUCAAAUGGCCUCACUGCUGUGCCUGCAACUGAUUCCACAACUGCGGAUGCCACAGUAGACGCCAAUGCUUCCUCGCGUGAGCAAUUCGCCCUGUUUCCGCCGGCACCUCUUCCUUCUGCUGCUGCCGCUGCACCUACUGCUACAACCGCCGUGGGGGGAACGGGCGUGGUGGGUAUGGUGGAAGGGUGGUUUGGGCGGAGGCAGGUGUGGGGGAGGGCCAAGAAUGGUGGGGCUGUGGUGCUGCAGCAGAGCAGUGCGAGCAUGGGAGGUGAUAGCGCCGCCAUCCAUGCUGCCUCUCCCCUUGUGUCUGCUCCGCCUCUUUUGACCUCUGCUGAGGCUGGAGCAGGUGAGCGGAGGGAGGGAAGCAGCACUGCGGGUAGCAGCAGUAGCAGUAACAGCAGCAGCAGCAGCAGCAGCAGCAGCAGCAGCAGCAGCAGCAGCAGAGGAGGAGUGGGAGUGCAUGCGAUGGUGGGGGGAGGCAGCAUGUCCCUGGUAGCCUUAUCUCGCGAGAUAAAGAGCGCCCGCCAGCAGGCGAAUCUGCUCACAGCCAACAGCGCUGCAAGCAAUAGUGGCGGCGGCAGUGGUGGCAAGAGCAGCAACAGCAGCAGUGGUGGUAGUGGUGUAGUAGAGGGAGGGGGACGGAGGGAGGAGCUGGGUGUGGGUGAUGCGGAAAAGGAUAGUGUGAGAGGAGGGGUGGUGGAUGGGAGAGGAGGGGAGGGGCGAGGGGGAAGAAACGGCAGUGCUGGAUGGGAGGUAGCAGAGGCAAGGGAUGGCCGUGCUGAUGCUGAUGCUGAUGACAUACUGCAUGCUAAGUCGCAGCAAGAGGUGUAUGCAGCGCAUGCGGGCCCCAUUACUCGCUGCCGCUUCUCCCCCUCUGGAGCCAACAUCGCGAGUGCUUCUGCCGAUGGCAGCAUCAGAAUAUGGGAGCCGGAGAUCUCCCUGGCAGCAGCGGAGGGGCGGGGUGGUAGCGUGGUGGUGAGGGGGCAGAGGGACGCGGCCAUACUGGGGGAUGCCCCGGUGCAGGCAUUGGAAUGGGACGCCAAGUCGGACCGACUGUUGCUGGCAGGGCUGGCAGACGGGCAUGUGAAGGUGUGGAACGCGCACUCCAAGCACAUGCUCUCGGACGUGCAGCACCCACAGCCCUACACCAGGUUGCUGGACAUUCGGUCCAGCCCAGCAGAGCACCUCUUCGCAUGUGCAGCAGCAGCAACCGACCAUCACCACCACUCUGCACCCCUCCCAUCCUCUCCUCGAUCCACUACCCUGCAUCCUGCAUCCACCCAUCAGCCCCCCCUCUCAGCCUCACCCCAUGGCUGCAUAUCCCUCUGGAGCCUCCGCAACAUGUCACUCCAGGGCUAUCUGCCCUUGGGUGAGUCGCCGCCGCUCAUCACAUCCAUCUCACUCAACCACAACGGCCGAAUGCUCGCUGCUGCUGCUGCCGACGGCACCCUCAGACUCUUCGACGUCAACGCCGCCUCUCAGAUCGCCUGCUGGCCAGUCACCUUACCAGGCGUCUCCCCAUCCUCCUCUGCCUCCUCCUCCGCCUCCGCCUCCCCCCUGUCCCCUGCUGUCUGCGUGCGCUUCCUUUGGGACCACUCCUCCCUCUUCUCACUCUCAGCUUCAGGCCAGAUCACGGAGUGGAGCCUGCACAAGCAGGGCCAGUUGUUGCGCCACUUCGAUGCCGCCAGUUUUUGCACGCACCCACCAGGAAACACAGCACCAGUCCCAUCCACUCAAGGCACUGGGGCCGCCCAGUCCCACUCGCACUCCCAGUCGCAACCCCCGCCCGUGCCUCUUCUCUCGGCGCGCUCUCUCCUGCUGCCCCAUGAGCUCACCAUUGACUCCCAGGGCUCUCACCUCCUCACCACCUCCUCCUCCCACUCCCCUCAGCUCCUCAAUCUGCACCUGCCGCACCCAGCGUGGCACGGAGCGGCCGCCCAUGCAGCGCCGGUCACAACAGUGGACUGGCAUCCCACCGCCCUCGCCUUUGCCUCGGGCUCCGCGGACCACACUGUGCGCAUCGUCUCCCUCAAGUAGUGCCGCCUCUACGCUUCUCUCCCUCCAAGUUGGAGACGUCUCAAUUGUCAAGACUUCCGGCAGACAGGCACCGCAACGGUGACUUUUUGGAAUUCUACCAAAUCGGCGUUCGCCUCGGGCUUUGCGGACCAUACUGUGCGCGUCGUCUCCCUCCCUCUUGUGAUGCCGCUAUCUUCCCUCCCCUCCAUCAUGCGAUACCUAGUUCCGGUGGUGGCUGUUGGGUGUGGUGUGGUGCCUCCCCUAUGGCUGUGUGCUGGGUAGGGCCCCUUGUAGGCGGGAUGUCCUAGAGUAGCGAAUUGAACUAGAAACAAUGCAGUACACAAGCCUGUCUAGCCUAUAACUUCUACAUACAAUGCAUUU